AUGGCCCCCGUCAAGAAUGGACGCCACCUCUUCAACGAGAUUCCUGUCGGGUAUCCCGUCCCCGGAAAGACGACAGUAUACGACGACAGCCAAACUAUCGACCUCGACACGGUACAGCUAAAUGGCGGGAUCCUGGUCAAAGCACUCUCAUUUUCCAUCGACCCGUACAUGAGAGGCCUGAUGAGGCCAGCGUCAGCAAAAUCUUACUCUCCGCCCUAUACCAUCGGUGAACCGCUAGGCAAUCACGGUGUCGGUGUCGUCCUCCGCUCCGAGAAUUCGUCGUUCAAACCGGGAGAUCAUGUUUGGGCCUACUUCCCUUUCCAGGAGUAUAUCGUCCAAACCGAUGUCACGAAUGUGAGGGUCCUCGAGAACAAGGAGAAUCUCCCCUGGUCAACUUACGUAGGAGCAGCAGGAAUGCCAGGUCAGACCUCAUACCUCGGAUGGAAGGUCUGUUCGAAGGCUAAAAAGGGCGAAACCGUCUUUGUGACCACUGGUGCUGGUCCUGUUGGAUCCAUCGUCGCGCAGCUGGCUAAGCUUGAUGGCCUCAAGGUCAUCGCGUCCGCCGGCAGCGACGAGAAGGUGGAAUUCAUGAAGAAAAUCGGAGUGGACGUUGCUUUCAACUACAAAACUACAGACACGGUGAAGGUGCUGGAGGAGCACGGCCCCAUUGAUAUUUACUGGGAUAAUGUUGGCGGCACAACUUUGGAAGCAGCGCUCGACGCAGCCAAUACUUUUGCGAGAUUCAUCGAAUGUGGGAUGAUCUCCCAAUAUAACCAAGCGUCCCCGUAUGGAGUCAAGAACCUCAUGAACAUAAUCGCUAAAAGGCUCUCUAUUCACGGAUUCCUUAUCUUUGACCAUAUGACACCCGAGAACGCGAAGGAGUUCUACGACACCGUCCCCGCCAUGAUCGCCAAGGGCGACAUAGUCUUCCUGGAAGACAAGAAAUACGGACUCGAGAAGGUUGGGGAGGCGAUUCUGGACGUACAGAGCGGGAAGAACCACGGGAAGAGUGUUAUCGUCGUUGCGGAGGAGUAG